CCCCAUUAAUAAUCAAAAUAAUUGGUAAGCAACGCUACUCUGGGUAAGGGUAUAAAUAAGAUCGCCCUUUUAUUGUGAUUUCUGUACUUUUUUUUUUUUUUACUUCAUAAAUAUAUAUAAAAAAUGACUGUCAAUUAUAUCUCUCAAGCAGUGCAACCCCAAGGCACAAACCCUUCUCCCGAAACUGUCUCCAAUGAGAGCACGCCAAAGUUAUUUACUCCCAUCACAUGUAAAUCUGUCACUCUCCAUAACCGUAUUGUCGUACCUCCUAUGUGCAUGUACAGCUGUACAGAUGGUUUCUUUAACGACUUUCAUGUCGCUCAUUAUGGUUCCUUUGCCCUGAAAAGACCCGGUAUGAUUAUCAUUGAAGCCACAGGUGUAGAAGCCAGAGGAAGAAUCUCCCCUCACGAUGCCGGUUUAUGGUCCGACGAUCAUAUUGCUCCUCUUAAACGUGUGGUUGAUAUCAUCAAGUCUCAAGGUUCUGUUCCUUCCAUCCAAAUUGCUCACGCAGGUCGUAAAGCCAAUAUGGGCUCUUCUUGGACAACAGGUUAUAUCAAUGUACCCGAAACAGACGGUGGUUGGCCCAACAAUGUCAUUGGUCCCUCCGAAGCUCGUUUUGAUGAUCAACAUGCCGAUGUUCAGGUCUUGGGCGUACCCCAAUUAAAAGAGGUAGCACAGAAAUGGGCCGAUGCUGCUGUACGUGCUCAUCAAGCAGGUAUCGAGGUACUUGAAAUUCAUAGUGCUCAUGGUUACUUGUUACACAACUUUUUAUCAGCUCAUUCCAAUCAUCGUACCGAUCAAUAUGGUGGCUCCCUCCAAAACAGACUUCGUUUUCCUUUAGAGGUAGUUCAAGCUGUACGUGAUGUAUGGCCUCAAGAAAAGCCUCUUUGGGUGCGUUUCUCCGCUAGUGAUUGUAAAAAUCCUGACCCUCAAAGUCAUGAUGAAGAAGGUUGGGAUGUCUAUCAAGCCAUUGAAUAUGCUAAAGCUUUAAAGGCCAUCGGUGUUGAUGUCAUUGAUGUUUCCUCUGGUGGUAAUCGAUCGGAUGUCAAUUACGUGGUUGGUAAAUUAUACCAGGUACCCUUUUCCAAGGCUGUCAAACAUGAAGCGGGUAUCCCUACGGGUGCAGUGGGUUUAAUUAUUGAACCCAAGGACGCAGAAGAGAUCUUGCAAAAGGAUGAAGCUGAUUAUAUCUUGGUAGGUCGUGAACAUCUUCGUGAUCCUGCUUGGACUAAUCGUGCUGCUGCUGAAUUGGGGAUUCGUAUUGAGUGGGUCAAUCAAUACCAACGCGCCAAUACUCGCAUUAGAAAAUAAUACCCCCCCCCCCUUCCCUCCCUUUUUUUUUUAACAUACACACAGCUAGAUAGAAAUAGAC